AUGGCAUCUGUGAGCUGUCGACUUCACCCUCCAGCUUCUUUCUCUUCUUAUUCUUCUUCUACAAAAUGUAAACUUCCAAGCAAAUCUCACACAUUAAGAAGAACUUCACCGACUCCACAUGUAACUCGAAUUGGACAUGACGGUUCUUACAUAAACCAUCGACAAAGGAGUGUUGUUUUGAGGUCAGCUCUUGAUGAAGUUCCUGUUCUGGAUCCACCUCCAUCUUCGCCAUACGAAGAGGGCAAAGCUGAACCCAUUGCUUCAUUGAAACUCAAAUUGCUGCAAUUAAUAAGUGCUGAUCAUUUGUUCAACUAUGGGAUGGCUGUGACUGGAAAAGCUGGUAAUAUGCUUAUCAUUGCUUGCUUUGACUGUUGGAGUGUUGUUUCUGGCCUGAACAGAGGUCUUGCUGCUAGUGGAGAUGAUCAACAGAAGGCAGAUGCUGCCGCCAAGGAGCUUGAAGCUGCAGGAGGACCGGUCGAUCUCUCAAAUGAUAUUGAUAAGCUGCAAGGGAGAUGGAAGCUUGUAUAUAGCAGUGCAUUCUCGUCUCGCACCCUAGGCGGUAGUCGUCCUGGACCUCCUACUGGAAGGCUGCUUCCCAUAACUCUUGGUCAGGUCUUCCAACGAAUUGAUGUCCUAAGCAAAGAUUUCGACAAUAUUGUAGAGCUUGAAUUAGGAGCUCCAUGGCCCCUACAACCGGUUGAAGUGACUGCCACAUUGGCCCACAAAUUUGAGCUCAUAGGAUUGGCAAAGAUUAAAAUAAUAUUCGAGAAAACAACUGUUAAGACGACUGGGAACUUAUCACAACUUCCACCAUUAGAAGUACCUCCAAUUCCAGAUGCCUUAAGGCCUCCAUCUAAUACUGGAAGUGGUGAAUUCGAAGUUACGUACCUUGAUGCGGAUACUCGUGUAGCAAGAGGAGAUAGAGAAGAGCUUCGAGUUUUUGUGAUCUCAUAA